AUGUGGCCGUUUACGCCAAACAAUCCGUUCCAGCGUCCGCUGCAUACAUUGAGGGCACAGUAUGACUACAUCGUCAUUGGCGGGGGAACCGGUGGAUGUGUUGUGGCGCGUCGGCUAGCCGAAGACAAAAAGAGCACUGUCCUGCUGAUCGAGAGAGGCGAUGCCGCGGACUCGUGGUUUCACUGGAUCCCUGCCAUCUCUACCCACCAUUUAUCGGAUGGGAAGCACAGCUGGGUCUGCGACAGUGUGCAAGAUGAUCGCUUCGGCCGGAACUUCACCCUUAUUUGCGGGUCAGGUUUAGGUGGUACGAGCCGCAUCAAUAGCUGUCUCUAUACCUGCGGUGUCCCAGCGCAGUACAACACAUGGAGCCAGCAAGGACGGUCCGGAUGGUCGUAUGACGAUUUCAAGCCUUACCUCGACAAGUCCGAGCACUGGCUUGGGCCACCACCGAACGAGUACCACGGGCUGAACGGGCCUUUGCAAGUGAAAUCAUUCGAAGGCCAUUUCUUUGGCUCAUGCGAGAGAGCGGCUGAGGCUAUCCAGCGAUUAGGCUAUCAUGCAAUCACUGAUAUGCGUUCACCGCUAGCGCCGAGUGUUGGCUCUAAUAAGAUGCAGUAUACUAUCGAUUCAGAUGGACGUCGAUCGUCCUCAUUUCGGGCUUAUCUUCCACGUCCCUUCGUAGAGGGGCAUGAGAAUCUGCACAUUUGCGCGAAUACCGUGGCAUGCAAGCUAGAGUUCUCUGAAGAGAACGAUGGGACUGUCCGCGCCGUCGGUGUGGAACUGCAGCCUAUCCACGGAAGGUUGACACGCACCAUCACAGCUCGACAUGAAAUUGUCCUUACUUGUGGUGCGCUCCGCAAUCCCCAGCUUCUAAUGCUCAGCGGUAUUGGUCCUGAGCAACAUCUUCGUGAAAUGGGAAUCCGCAUGAUCAAGCACUCCCCAGGGGUCGGACAGCAUCUUCAAGAUCACCUUCUGAUCAACACUAUCUACAACUGUCGGAUGGCCGAUUCGUUGUACGGAAUCAUCAAGCGUCCGAGUAUUCUCCUUCGUGAAAUUUUCAACUACGUUCGGAAAGGAACGGGAUGGUUGCUAGGUACCCUCGUCGAGGUUGAGACAUUUGGCAUCUCUUCUCUUGUUCAACCGGACGGAAACCUUCGCCCUCUUUCUGAGGAGCGCCUAGAUUCGUACAAUCCACGAAACCUACCCGACUUUGCGAUCAUGUUUACCGCCAUGGCCGAUCCCAGGCUGCCCGGUGUAAACAAGUCAAAGGGAACAGCUAGCAUCAACGUCGGUCUUAUGACCGCAAGGUCCAGCGGCCAGGUGUCGCUGCGCUCUUUGGAUCCACGUGCCGACCCGCUGUGCGAAAUGCGAUACUUAUCAGCUCCAGAAGAUGUCGCAGUGCUUCGUGCAGGUCUCCGCACAGCGGCGGCGAUUGCUCGUGAGAUGCGCACCGCUGGUUAUCCUUUAGAAGCGUGUAUAGUUCCUGACACCACCAGCGAUACCGCAUUGGAUAGUUUCAUCUGGGAACGUGUAGGCACAAUGUACCAUUACUCCAGCACAUGCCGCAUGGCCCCGCAGGAAGACGAGCAUCCCGGCGUCGUCGACGACAGCUUGCGUGUGCACGGCAUCCCGAACCUGCGUAUCGCUGAUGCCAGCAUCUUCCCGGACGUUCCCGCAGCUCACCCGCAAGCGCUUGUCUAUGCUGUGGCUGAGAAAUGUGCGGACAUGAUUCGUCGGGAAGCAGGCUCUUUAUAGAGCUGUCACGUAGUCUUUUUUCUUGGUAUAAUUCUGAGGUUUUCGGCGUGCUAUUCGAACCCUAUCUGGUCCAUGCGCCCCGUGCACUCUAUAACGACUGUCGCGUGUGUAAUUCUCGUCGAAUUCCGUUACAAACUACUUCCUACAUGAAUGAGUUCCAUCACAACGCGAACACGGCAUGAAGGGAC